AUGGCAUCCGCUCUCAUGAAUGUGGACAUCACUCGAUCAUGGGGCUAUAGCCUUCGACCAAGCCAACUAGUGGAAGCCUACAUUCACCGUAUCGAGCAGGUGAACCCUCUGAUAAACGCCGCCGUCGUGACGCUCUUUGAUGAAGCACGAGAAACAGCUAAGAAAUAUGAUGAACAGUUGAACGAGUUGAACGAUGACGCUUUGGACGACCUCUUCUCUCGUCGUCCACUAUUCGGUAUACCAUUCAGCUGUAAGGAUUCCCUUGAGGUUGAAGGCCAAAUCGUCACUUCCGGCUCAUAUUACCGAAAAAACAACCGCUGUACAAAAACUGCUGUUGCAGUACAAAGGGUGAGAGAUGCAGGUGGUAUUCUCAUCGCAAUCACUAAUGUGCCAGAGCUGUGCGCAUGGAUCGAAUCUACAAACGUAGUUUACGGCAGAUCAAGGAAUCCGUACGAUCUUCGACGAAUUGUUGGUGGAAGCAGUGGUGGUGAAGGGGCACUGCUCAGUGCAGCCGGUACUCCGGUUGGCGUUGGCAGCGAUGUCGGUGGCAGCAUCCGUAUUCCGAGCUUUGUCAAUGGAAUUUUCGGGCUAAUGCCAACCCCAGGUUUUAUUCCACUCACUGGUCAUAGCCCUGAACCGGUCGGCUAUAAAACUCAGAUGCUUCGAAAUGGACCUAUGUGUCGCUACGUUGAGGACAUCCCCUUGCUGUACAAGGUGAGCCAGCUCAAGUGA